AUGGCCACUCUAUCCCCAGACGUUCGCGACUCCACCCUCAAGUCUCUCAAGCUGACAUGCCCCUCGGCCGAUGUCAUUGACCGUGAACCGUCCUCCGCUUCGACUAUCGACUCGCCGUAUAUGGAGAACAACCCCUUUGUUGAUGUGGGAGAUGAGUGGUCGGACGAGGAGGUACUGCUACCGCGGAGCAAACCAAAGACGCUCUAUAUCCGACCACUCAAGAUUACGCGCACGCCGGCUGAGACAUCCUCGGAAGAGUCCAACUCUACUGCGCCUAGCCCGAAUCGAUUAAGUGUGGAUGCCGGCCCACGCGUGCCGCCUAAGAAUCCGUCGCGACCGGAUGUGAGGAUAGGCAGUAGCCAGGAGGAUCUGGUGCAGCGCUUCUACCAGGUGACGAGAGAGCGAGAUGCUUUGAGGAAGGAGCUGCAGAGGAAGAGCAUGGGUCCGCACGGGAUACCAGCGAGGGACUCAGUCGUGUACAAGUCGGAAGAGAAGACGCUGAUCGAAGAACUUCACGCCUUGCGAUACGAGAUCAGGAUAUGGAGCGAACAGUACUUUAGCGGACCGAUCAGGACCAGCAGCAAGCGACCGCAUCUACAUAGGGCGAAGGACUUAUUCGGGACUUUGACAGACAAUUUCCAAACGUAUCUGAAGAGUCCCGAGGAACGACCGCUCCUAAUACAAGCUUACGUGUGGUCAAAGUUGCAGCAGAAGAUCUUCAGCAAUUGGCAAAAGGGCUGCGGAUAUGUCUGGGCGGGCAAACUUGGUGACAAGAAUUUACGCCCUAUCAAUGACACCUUACGAAAAGCCGUUAAAAACGAAGCUGAAGCCGAAGAAUACCACCACUGGCGCUCCAACACCGUCAACCUCCUAGUCCCGCAAGUCGACGGCAAAUGGCGCCCUACCUUCGACGCCUCGCCCGUUCUCAAACGCAUAUCCCGCUUAUGCAGCCGCAUCCGACACAAACUACGUCCUUGGUCUACACAAUCCCUCCGCGUCGGAAAAGAACAAUUGCACACUAUCGUUUCAGCGUCUGUUGCGCUGGAUCUGAAAAUGAAGAGGCAGAGGGCGGACUAUCGGUUCGUCAUGUUCACGGGAGGGAAGAAAGAUGAGUUUUGGGGCUAUGGGUUUUAUGAGAGUGAGAUGGAAGAUGUCUAUGAAGACGAUAAUGACAGUGGUGGCGGAAGGUUUGGAGCUGGGAUUGUGAAGGGUCGAAGGGUGGAACUUGCACUUGCUCCUGCAUUGGAGAGGUGCGGGAAUGCGAAUGGACAUGUUUUUGACCAGAGCUUCAUUCUAGUCAAGGCAGAUGUUAGCUGUAAGAGGUUGGAGAAGCAGAGGCCGCAGCCAAAGUCAAGAGGAAAGAAGAGUGGAGUCAAGGUUGUCAAGUACGUCUGA